GUGGAAACCACACUACUUUUCAACACCUCCCUUUUACUCACACUAAUAAUUCUUCUUACACCAAUCCUCCUGCCCCUCCUAUCGACAAAACUCCAAAACACACCCUUAAUUAUUACAACCACUGUCAAAAUAGCCUUCUUUACAAGCAUCAUCCCAACAACCAUCUUCAUCUACUCAGGAACAGAAGCAAUUAUUUCCCACUGGUACUGAAGUUUCACCCCCAAUCUCAAAAUCCCACUCAGCUUCAAAAUAGACCAAUAUUCAAUACUAUUCCUCCCUGUAGCCCUAUUCGUAACCUGAUCUAUCCUACAAUUUGCAAUGUGGUAUAUGGCCUCAGAACCUCACGUCACUAAAUUCUUUAUCUACCUAUUAAUAUUCCUAAUUGCCAUAUUGACCCUUACAAUCGCCAACAACAUAUUCAUACUCUUCAUUGGCUGAGAGGGCGUAGGAAUCAUAUCAUUUCUCCUCAUUAGUUGAUGACAUGGACGAGCAGAAGCCAAUACAGCCGCUCUCCAGGCCGUAAUCUACAACCGCAUUGGAGAUGUAGGCCUCAUCCUAAGCAUGGCCUGACUUGCUUCAACCCUCAACACAUGAGAAAUCCAACAAAUCUCAUACGAAAGCCAAACCCCAAUUCUACCCCUCCUAGGCCUCAUUCUAGCCGCCACAGGAAAAUCAGCUCAAUUUGGCCUCCACCCCUGACUCCCAGCAGCAAUAGAAGGUCCAACCCCUGUCUCAGCCUUACUCCACUCAAGCACUAUAGUAGUAGCAGGAAUCUUCCUUCUUGUUCGCAUUCACCCACUCUUAGCCAACAAUCAAACAGCCCUAACAACAUGCCUCUGCCUGGGUGCCCUAUCAACACUAUUUGCUGCCACAUGCGCCUUGACACAAAAUGACAUCAAAAAAAUCAUUGCCUUCUCCACAUCAAGCCAACUAGGAUUAAUAAUAGUCACCAUUGGACUUAAUCUACCGCAACUAGCCUUCCUCCAUAUCUCAACACAUGCCUUCUUCAAAGCCAUACUAUUCCUCUGCUCAGGGUCAAUCAUCCAUAGCCUGGCUGGUGAACAGGACAUCCGAAAAAUAGGAGGCCUACAAAAACUCCUCCCAACAACCACCUCAUGCCUAACUAUUGGUAACCUUGCCCUAAUAGGUACCCCAUUCCUGGCUGGAUUCUACUCCAAGGACCUUAUCAUCGAAAGCCUUAACAACUCAUACUUAAAUGCCUGGGCCCUCUUACUCACCCUACUGGCCACCUCAUUCACCGCCACUUACAGCCUACGAAUGACCCUAAUAGUUCAAUCAGGGUUCAGCCGAAUCCCCCCCAUUACCCCCAUCAAUGAAAACACCCCUCUAGUUAUCAAUCCCAUUACCCGACUCGCACUAGGCAGCAUCAUAGCAGGCCUCCUCAUUACCUCCAACAUCCUACCUACAAAAACACCCCCAAUAACCAUACCAACAAUCAUAAAAACAGCCGCCAUCGUCGUCACAAUCCUAGGUAUCCUCCUAGCACUCGAACUAUCAAACAUAACUCAUAACCUCACGGCCCCUAAACAAAACAUCUACUCAAACUUCUCCACCACAUUAGGUUAUUUUAACCCCUUAGCCCAUCGACUCAGCUCCAUAAAACUACUCAACAACGGACAAAAAAUUGCCUCUCACCUAAUCGACCUCUCAUGAUACAAAAAAAUAGGACCAGAAGGACUAGCCGACCUACAACUUAUAGCAGCUAAAACCUCAACUCCACUACACACCGGAUUAAUUAAAACCUACUUAGGAACAUUCGCACUGUCCAUCCUCAUUCUACUCACACUCACCCACAGA